CACACUUGUUAUCAGUUUUCAGUGCUCCGCACGUUUUCUUGUAAAUAAAUAAAUAACUUAUAAAUAUCAACCUAAACAGACAUGUUUCGCCUCCAACAGUCGCAGCCCGACCCCGCCGAGGAGCAAAAGCGCGUGGCCUCCGAAGUCCGUUUCAAUUUCAUUCUGUUUGGCGCAAUUAUCGCAGCUGUUCGACUGGCUCCCGUGGUCCUGCAGCAGAUAAAUUCGGCAUAGGAAUAAAGUUAACUAUAUAAUGGAAGAUCGGGGAUAACCAUUAGCAGUUUGCUUCUAUCAGGAAGUUAUCAAUUACCUAGUUGUUCAAGCAAUUUUAGUCAAAUCAUAAUGGCACGCGAAAUGCAUUUAUCUAAAGGCACUUUGGCUAAUGGGCAAAGAUUUAACUCAAGGCAUUUUUAAGUUUGAAUAAAAUUGAGGAUGUUCCUGAACAUAAAUCGUUUUACAAAAUGUAGAAAGUGAAUAAACACAUAAAGUAAAGAACAAAAA